AUAAAGAAAGCUCAAAGUGUUAUGUGUUGUCAAUGUUCCCUUAUCCAUCAGGAAAUUUACACAUGGGUCACAUAAGAGUUUACAGCAUUAGUGACAUGCUGGCCAGGUUCUACAGAAUGAAUGGUAAAAAUGUAUUACAUCCAAUGGGAUGGGAUGCAUUUGGUUUACCAGCAGAAAAUGCUGCCAUCGAGAGGGGACUCUCGUCUGAGGUUUGGACCAACAACAACAUAAACACGAUGCGGGAACAACUCAAGCAUCUGGGUUGCACGUUCGAUUGGAGUCGUGAAGUUGCAACCUGUCACAAGGAUUAUUACAAGUUCACUCAGAUGAUAUUCUUAAAAAUGUAUGAACUGGGACUUGCCUACCAAAAGAAGGCUCUGGUAAACUGGGAUCCUAUUGACAAAACUGUGCUGGCAGAUGAACAAGUUGAUGAAGAUGGCUGCUCGUGGCGUUCUGGAGCUAAAGUGGAGAAGAAAAUUUUAAAGCAAUGGUUCAUUAGAACAACAUCAUUUGCCAAGGCACUAUAUGAUGGUUUGGACCGAAGAGAUUUAGAGGAUUGGAAAGAUAUUGUUGAUAUGCAAAAGGGCUGGAUUGGAAGCUGUGACGGAGUCAGUUUUGAAUUUCCAUUGGAUAACGAAGAAGGGGAAGUGACAUUGUGGACUGACAAACCUGAACUAAUUCCGAGAGCUAAAUUCGUGGCAGUUCCUCCCGGAAGCGUUUUGGAUCUUGAAAAUAAAGGAGAGGGUAAUCGUAAGUUGGAUGUUUAUGUAAGAAACACACUGACAGGUAAACUCUUGCCAGUUUAUAUCACUGAUGAACUUCCAUACCAUGAAGGGUCUGAGGCUCGUAUCGGUAUUCCCGACGUUUAUGAAUGUGAUGUGAGUUUUGCUCAGCGUGUCGGCAUACCAGUGGAUACUACAGAACAAGACAGUGAGUUUGACCGAGAACUUAUCAUCAAGAAAAUUAAAGGAAGAGUGACCAGUUCAAAGAUUAGGGACUGGCUUAUCUCGAGACAACGACAUUGGGGAACGCCAAUUCCCAUGGUGCACUGCAACAAAUGUGGUGUUCAACCUGUGGCCUGUGAUCAGCUCCCAGUAGAACUCCCUCCAGCCAAUACAGUUCUGGAAAAAGGGUCUCAACUGUCUUCCUCUGAAGAAUGGAUUUCUACUUCCUGUCCCAACUGUGGAGGGCCUGCGAGACGUGACCAAGAUACGAUGGAUACAUUCGUUGACUCAUCGUGGUACUAUCUGCGCUAUCUGGAUCCUCACAAUCAGCAUGAACCUUUCAACAAAACAACGGCAUCUAAAUUGAUGCCAGUCGAUAUUUACAUUGGUGGCAAAGAACAUGCUGUAUUACACUUGUACUACGCCCGGUUCAUGUCUUACUUCUUGAAUUCGCUGGGUUGGCUUCCUGACUCGGAACCCUUCAGGAGACUUGUAGUUCAAGGUAUGGUCAUGGGCAAGACCUACAGGGUGCAGACCACUGGCAAAUACAUCCCUGCCUCCGAUGUGGACCGAUCAGGUAAAAAGGCGGUGGAGAGGUCAACAGGGCAAGUAGUGGUGGAGUCAUGGGAGAAGAUGAGCAAGUCCAAGCACAACGGAGUGGAUCCUGGCCAGAUGUUCAAGGAGUAUGGCAUCGACUCCACACGACUACUCAUGUUGGGAAGUGUGGCACCCACCUCGCAGCGUAACUGGGAUGAUGCGACAUUUCCUGGGGUCCUCAACUGGCAGCAUAAACUGUGGCUAACGGUUAUGCAGGAGUUCCGUAAUAAGGCUCGAUCAGAAGCGGAAAACUCUACAGAUCCCAGCAGACAUAAGCCGCUUGAAGCAUCUCUAAGGGACUCUCGCAACUACUACCUGCGUGGCAUCACCUGGAGUUACCAGGUCACCCACCAGUUCAACCGUGUCAUCUCCAAGAUGCAGGGGCUUAACUGGAGAUAUCAGGGUACGAGAUUUGGAGCGGAGUACAAGGCCCAUUGUGUGGAGUUUGAGAGGGCUCUAGCGAUGCAAGUAGUAGCUCUUGCUCCUAUUGCUCCCCACUUCUCUGCAGAGUUGUGGGCAGGACUUGCAACCUCAGCAGGGCUCAAGACUACAUCAGAGUUCAACUGGUCCAGACCUGCUCACCUGCAGGCGUGGCCUUGUCUGGACAGUGAUUACAAACGAGAGCUUACUUGUUCGGUUAAUAUGGCAGUCAAGGACACGUUGAAGAUAAGCCAGGAACAGCUUGGAACAGAUGACGGAGUCAUCUGCUACUAAGUUGGCGCUCUCCAGUUCAGAGGU